AGUUAUUGUUUUAAAAAUAAAGUUCAAUUUAGCGUGGUCGGGUCGAGUGAUCGAGUUUUUAUAUGAAUCACAAGAUCGGGUGUUUUAGACGUCCGCGACCCGAUUAUUCACGAGAUCUACAGAUUUGAGAGUUAUUGUAAUGAAAAUAAAGUUCAAUUUAGUAUGGUAAACAAAAACCUUUCGAUCUUUUAAUCGAGUCUGCGCCCGGGCGGGUCACCAAACGGGUCACAUAAGAUCGGGUGUUUUUAACGUCCGCGACCCAAUUACUCACGCACAAGUAGUGAUCGGGUGUCGGAGAUUUGAUCAUUCGCGAUCGACACAAUUUCAAUUUGUUUUUGCGAGCGGAGCGGAGUGACAAUUUAAUACCUAUUUUCGAACUUCGUAUUCAUAGUUGAACUCGAAGUUAGUUAUAAAUUGUAGAAAAGAAAAGCUGUAUCUUUAGAGUAGAUAAAGCUAAAUUUAUUUUAAUAAAAUAAAAAGCAAAGUAAAAAAAAUCAGGAUAAAAUGGAAUGUUUGAAGCAAUUAAAAAACAUAAUAUGGUUCAAGCCUGAGUGGUCCUAUUUAAAUGUGACAAAAGAAACAAAUAAGUUUUUGAGCAACUGUGUGGAUUUACCAAAUGCAAACUUAGUAGAUAAUUUGGAGGAAAUUAUUAAAAACAGCAAUGCAUUCCCCAUAAAAUUUCCUGUUGAUACAGUGAGAUUAGUACAAUUAAAAUCACGAAGACCAAUUGAGAGAUUGAAAAAGAACGUUGUUUCUACAUACACUAUAAUUCAUGAAAGAGUUCUCAUUUUGAUGACACGAUUCCUUGCAUACAAGAAGGAAUUUAGUUCGACUAUUGAAAAACAGCUAUACCAAAACAUGACUUUACCAGAAUUCAUUGAAAGAAUUUUGACCAAACGCGCAAUCAGUUUCUAUGGGCCUAGGGAUAGAUAUCUACUUAUUACUGGUGAAAAGGGAAUGAGUGGUUGGGAGCUAAUUGGCAGUUCAGAACAAAAGUCACCUCUCUUACUGGAAAAAUGUCUUAGUUACGACGAACUUAAGCUAUCUUCUCUAGUCUACGUGAGCGGAUAUACUGAUUGUAUAAAUGACGGUACCAGAAAGAAUGCCGCUGUAGUAAAGGACAAGGAUAUUGAAGAAAAUGCUGUUAUGAUUGGUCUUAUCGGCCCACGUCUAAAACGCCGCAGCAAAAUGGACUACGAAGAUAUUCUUGUGACCAAAGAGCAGAACAUUCGGGACAAUGGUUACGGUGACGAAAGUCACAAACCUCAUCAGAUAAGACAACACAUGUGGAGGAAAAUGUGGUGUGAGUUCUAUGACACUGAGAAUGUUACCUACGAAAAAGUGACUCCAAUUGUUGAAAAAACUCGGAACGAGACCAGACCAUACAUAGUGAGAUACCACCACAAAAAGAACAGUAAACUUAUAUUCGAUAAUGAGGUUUACUACAAGAGGAUCAGCAUAUUAGCUGAGAGCACGCUCUUGGAAGCUGAGUGCAGGGCGGUGGAGAGCGGGAAGCACGCCUUUAUUAAUGUGGUAGGGUGUGGUCUCGGAGUAUGGAUGGUACAGCCACAUCAAGUGGAUGUGUACAUACUUACAUUCCUGGAGAGAAUCCAUUUCCUGCUUAGUAAAGACUUGUUGAACCAUGUUUCUGAUGUCAAUUUUGCUUAUAUAAAAGUGAGCCCUGGAAUUGAAGGAUUGUUCACUAAAGAUACCGAUCAAACGGAACCAGCAUUGAUAAAACUUUUUAUAGAUUAUAAAGGACAUCCUAAAGGUGGCAUAAACGUGCAGAUGCAGAACAGGGAGCCGUCGUCGCGGCUGGGCGGCGCGCACGCGGGGAAACUGCUCGUCAUGACCUACCCCUGGGACAGCAACGCGCACCCCGGCAACGAGUGGUGGUGCGGUCUCCUGGCAUCAACAGGUGACUCUGCAGCCGCCAGCUCCACUCAAAUUACGGAACUUCACAACGCUCAUAUAAACCCCGCUGUUAGUGCAAAUAAUGUGCGUGUUGUUGGCAGACACGGCCUCAAAACGCUGUCUGAAUACUGUCUUUCUCUAACUAUAUCAGAUUAAAAAGAGUUUUGUCAUUUUGAUUUAAAUUAAAGUAUAUAACUAAUUAGUAUCCGCAAUCUUCGACACCGAGCGUAUGAAUCGAAAACGUUUUAACCGUUGGCUGCGGGCGUUGGCGCUUGCAGCCAACGCCCGCAAGCGGCGUCGUACCAGUACUUCGCAGAGCUACCAGCGGCCAGCCAGAGGACUUGCGUGUAUUUUAGUAUUAUUUUAUUCCAGUAGCUUUGAGUUUAUUCGUUUAAUACACAAAUACAUUUUUUUCUACUAUAUACUAUUUGUGUAGAUAACUAAUAGGUAUAUAAAAUAAGAUAAAAUAGUCUGGAUAAAAGUAGAUACUGAAAUCGCCCGGCAAAUUUAAAGCGAUUCGGAGGGCAUUCCCAAAAUUAUAGUGCAAAUAUUAAAAUAACUCCAUUUGAUUGUUACUUGUUACACUUAUAAUUUAAUUGUUUUUUCAUGUGGUUAUGUUUUCUCACGCGAUUUUUAAACAUACAUAGGUAGCUUUUGUUUUAAUUUGCCGAGUGUUUUCAUUCCCUACUUUCAAUAGCCAAAUUAUAAAUGUAUGUAUAGAGUUGUUGAUGUUGACUCGAGAUGCUAUAAUAAUUUAAGCAGAUUGCUAGUUUAUAGUUUAAAUAUAUUUUAUAGUAUUGUUUAAUAUUUUAUUAAAGAUGAUUUAAUACAA